UUAGGUUUCCAUCAAUCGAAUUAGAUAAAGCUCUGAGAUACCUAUUCCAGUAUAUAGAACAACGAUCUUCCAAGGAUCUUUCAUUAAGAGUAUAUGAAAAAAAAGUUUCAUUCCAUUCAAGGCAACAUAGAGUACGACGAAGAGAGGAGUAAUAAAACCUAGAGAGGUCCUCCUGUUGUUUUCGAGUAAACAGUGGAUAUACAGGAUAUAACCAGGUGAAUAAUGGAAUAAAUUUUACUGUAAUAAUUUAUUGUUAGUUAUUACUUUCAACUUUUCUUUAGCUUAUUACUGAUAAUAAAGUAGUAAAAGUUUGAAACUUAUAAAACUGAUUAGUAAUGAAAUAGCAGCUUGUUAAUUCAUAUUUCGCUAACAAAAAAAAAAAGAAAACAAUACAGAAAAAAAGAAGAUUAAUAUAAAAGGUAAUAAGAAAGAAAAAAAAGCACAUAAUAUGACAUACCAAUGCGCAUAAUAAUAUUGACGCUUCAAUUCAAAACAGAAAGAAUAUAACUCUUAUUUUAACAUUUCACGAUUGAUAAUACGUAUUUGAUAUAAAUAUUUAGGCGUGGAUUCUCAAUUUAAAAAUAAUAACGAAGGUGAUGCACCUCAAAGAAUGUUUGAUGAUUCAAUAAAUAACAUCAAUCGUGAAAAAUCAACUCAAUCGAAAGAAUUGAUUCUACCAAGAGAUGAUAAUGGUGCAACAGAUCGAGUUUUAGGUCCAGUAAUAGUUCAUCCUGAUGGUUAUGAUGAACAUGAUUCAGCUAAUUGUAAUGAGCAAAAAAAUCAAAUAGCAACAACAAGUAAAAAUUCCUCUGUCUGCACUUCAAAUAUUGAUCAUUUUGAUCCAGCGAGUCAUGUUAAUGAACUACCGGCUACAAACGAUGCAUCUUCACCAUCCGAUGAAACGAUAAAAAUUCAAAAUGUUCCUGCUCUCAAACAAAGUGCUUUGGAAACAUCAGAACAUAAUAUCGAUUUAGGAAGCACAUCGACCGAAGACAGUUGUUAUUAA